AUGGAAAAGACCAUUGAUUUCGAUAUGUCGGCCAGCAUUUCUAGUUCUACAUCGUUGGCGGCAGAAAAUGUUACAGAAAUUGAGACAUCAUCAUCAUCACCACCAGCAGCUGUGGUUGGAACCGCGACGGUCAUGAGUAAAAAAUCACGCAAAUCUUUGAAAUCAUUGUUGGCGGAUGGCGGCAGUGGCCCAUUUAAAGUGGCGGCUGGUGUCAGUGCCAGCAAUCGUGUACCCAAAUGUGCUCGCUGUCGUAACCAUGGCUGGAUUUCGGAAUUACGCGGCCACAAGAAACAUUGCACCUAUAAAAAUUGCCGUUGUGCCAAAUGUGUUUUGAUAUUCGAACGACAGCGUAUUAUGGCGGCUCAGGUUGCCCUGAAGCGUCAGCAAGCUGUCGAAGAUGCCAUUGCUUUGCGGUUGGUAGCAACAAAGACCGGACAACAAUUGGAUGCAUUGCCUCCGGGUAGUAUUUUUGGUCUGAACGGUGAACAACAAAAAACAAGCGACCUAAACUCAACUCUGGAAACUUCAACAGUCGAAGAUUUAAGUUUGCCAAAUAAACAACAACAACAACAAACCGAAGAAGUGGAAGAAAUAACAAAACCGCCAAAUGGCCUAAAACCAAAAUCAGACCAGGUCUCACAAAAUGCCAUUGAAAUGUUGAUGCAAAUAUUUCCCCAAAGAAAACGUUCGGUGUUGGAAUUAAUUCUCAAACGUUGCGAUUCGGAUUUGAUUAAGGCAAUUGAAAAUAUUUCCAGUAAUUUUCGUGAACAUAAGGAUAUAAGGGAGAUGGAUGCGGGACUGCUGAAUCGCAGUGAGCCGGGCAUGAAGAGUGCCUUUAAGCCGGUUUAUUCGUCGGCGGGAAAUGUGCACUACCAGCCCCCUUUGAAUUUAUCCAAUAAUCUUUGUGGCACUGCCACAUCGCCGCCAACUGCCUAUCCGAAGUGGUUUGUUCCUCUCACCUUUCCCAUAACAUUUCAGGGUCAUUUGGCCCCAGCUCUACCACCACCAACGCUACCAUCUGUGGGUACCCGUUGUACCCUACCUAAUUGUUCCUGCUUGGACAUGGGCUAUCAGUUUAGUUGUUCUUAA